CGCGUGAUUUCCAAUAUGUCGGACGAAGCCAGUUUGAAGUGCACCCAUGUAAUAUUUGACUUGGAUGGAUUGAUGUUAGAUACAGAAUCAAUUUACACCAGAGUGACUCAAGAAAUACUAGACCCUUAUGGCAAGACAUUUGAUUGGUCAGUUAAAUCAAAGAUGAUGGGACGCAGCCCGAUGGGAGCUGCUCAGGUUUUGGUAGAAGAACUUCAGCUGCCACUGACAUCUGAAGAAUUUGUUGAGUUGUCAAAAGAGAAACUCCUGCAGUUAUUUCCAUCAGCUCCUUUGUUACCUGGAGUAGAAAAGCUUGUUCGUCAUCUUCACAAGCACAAAAUCCCCAUUGCAGUUGCUACAGGAUCUAGUGCAUCCCAAUACAAAAUCAAGACAUCGAAUCACAAAGACCUCUUCCAGCUUUUUUCGCAUACUGUGAAAUCUGACGAUCCAGAACUGAAACACUCUAAACCUGCUCCUGAUAUUUUUCAAUUGGCUGCCGCGAGGUUUCACGCCCCUCCCACCUCACCACGUCACGUGCUUGUACUAGAGGACGCACCAAACGGAGUCACAGCUGCACGCGCCGCUGGAAUGAAUGUUGUCAUGGUACCCGAUAAGAGGGUAGAUAGGUCAAAAUGUUUGCAGGCUCAUUUGGUUCUUGACUCACUCGAAGAAUUCGAUCCAACCGCUUGGGGUUUUCCUCCCUUUUGACCGAAAAACAAUUCAUAGACAUAGAUUGUGCGGAUAAGAAUUAUCUUACAUUUAUUAGCUUUUCACGAAAAUUUUGUAAUCAUUCACAUCUGAGAUAGAUUUUCAGUAUAACGUAAAUAUUUAAAUGAGUGGUUCGGACAGGUAUCAGUGUGUCAAAUUAAGAGCGAAUGCAUAUUUAUCCUCUCAAAUAUCAGUAUUGCUAAAUUACAAUGUCUUCAUUUAAAGUGGACACGAACCAAACGAAUCUUUGUAGUAGAACAUUCAUUCGACUACCGAUAGCUCGAGCCUUCAACGGAAAUUGAAAAAGGGUUCGAGUUAUUGGGGCUGAAAACAAAGGACUGGAAAUGAGGGAAAACGGUGUUUACUGUUUUAAUAUUCAUACAGUGUGCAUUUUAAUCGAAGUUUUUUGUAUAGAAGUCGAGUGAAAAUGGAACACCAAAUUAUUGUUGAAAUCAGAAAGUAACGUAAAGUGGCUGCUUCAGAAUAAAUUAAAUGUUUUGAAUCACA